CGCUGUAGCUUUUCUAUUCCAUAUUCAGGACUCUUGCACGGCCUGCUGAGACGCGCAAGGCCCACAAGAAGUGGAUGAUUAUUUCUUUCGGUUAUCCGCAUCCUCCAUUAUGUCAAGUCAAGAAGGAAUCAAGAGGGAUUUAUUGGCCUUUGAUAAACCUCUGGUAAACCGAUUUGACUCCACUGAGCGGAGCGUGAUAGGCGGUCCUGUCGGUGCCACGUUAGUUCCAGAGUGGCGGGAAGAGGAUGGCAGUGAAAGGAAGCUCAACCGGAAAUGCACAGGCUCUCCAGAACCGUCGGGCACGUGUUUUUCUGCAAUCGAGGUCGACGGUAACUCGAACACAUUACCGAAGAAUAUCAGCGAUGAUGCAACUGCACACACGACUCAGGAUGUGGGUGAUAUGUCCAGCAACGCUACCUUUUCCGUGAACACGACGCAGCUGAUGGACAUCGGCGAUAGUAUCUUGCACGAAAUCUCUGGUGUUUCUGGCCUUCAUGACACUUUAGCCAGCCAGUCAGACCCAGGAUGCCCGGCGCACAAGUGCAGCGGUCACCAUGCACGGAGUGGAACAUUAGAAUCUUCGAAUUUAUCACUGAGCUUAGAUCACCUUCCUCGAGUGCUAAGCAGCAGCAGAAACUCUCAGGGGACCAUGCUGGAAGACAUAGGUGAUAGCAUCCUUUACUACAGCAAUGGGACAGACACAGAAGAGGAUGUGGAAAGAUUGAACAAGCAGGCACAAGACCAGGAGGAGGUUGGAGCAAAAGUGUGUUCCAGUAAUGAUAUUCAAGAUAAUCUUGACUCUAUAGAGCAAGGAAUUAGUAAAGUAGAGUCAGGUCAAACUGACAUUGAAAUUAUCAUCAACAAUUGGGAUGAAGAAGUAGAAUUGAUUUCAGAAAGAGAUGAACACGCACCUAAAUGUGAAGAAACUACUACUGGUACUGACCAGCAGAGCCUAAAUGAAGAUUGUGAAGUUCAUGCAAUAUUAAACAAACAUGAGGAGAAACUCAGAAAAAAUGAAAUCUAUGAUAGCUUUGACAAACUUGUUGAUGAGUGCAAGUCAGAUUUGUUACGUCAGUAUAAACGUAGGGGCUCUGCACAAAGCACAGCCAUCCAGCCACCUGAAAUAUUACGCAUCUCCGCGAGAUGUUUUUCUGCACCAUCUCUUAAAAGUACUGAGUCACCUGGUGCAUUCAGUGAUCACAACAGAGAACAGUCUUGUGGCCCAGAUCAUGCAGGGACUCAUAGUCUGUUCACGCCAAUACAGCAAUUUGUUGUGCCCCAUUUUUCUCUUCAAACCAUUAAUAAUUUCACAUCACACGGUGAGCUCGAAUGCGCAGUGGGGGAACCAGCAGAAAGGGCAACAUGUUCUUCAGUCUAUCCAGAAACCCUUCCACAAAGUAGUUAUGAAGGUCAGGUGCAGCUGAACGAAUCUGCGCAGGAUCAGGGGAAUUCUUCCCCAAACCACACGUCAUCUGAUCCCCAACUUAAUCCCAGUAACAGCCAUGAUGUUGAGGCAAGUGAUACCAGAGUAAAUGACCAGAACCAUAAUCUAAUUGUGUGGGACAGUGAAUUUCCUGAUCAUGGCUUUGGUACUUUCCAAGGAAAGACAGACCCUAAUGGCAGUUCAAAUGAGAAUAGUAUCCAAGAAAAUAAUUAUCACAGUUUCAUCAGUAAUGGCGUAAUCACCAGCAGAAAAUGCGAAAAGAGGGAGUAUGGCAAGGGAGUGAUUGGACAGAUCAGUUAUGCGCUAGAUCAGGCUAAUCUCAAAGAUAGAAGGGAUGCUUUCAGUGAGCAGUGCAGUGGUACCAGUGAACAUACUAGCAGCGCCAGUGAAGAAAAGGAAGGAGUUAGUCUGACCAGUGACGAAAGUGAGUAUUUUGAUAGUCCAUGUAAGGAGGUUUGUAUUCACAGUGAAUUAUUCUGUGCAAAACACGAGGAAAGUGGACAGACCAGUGAUCGCAGUGAAAUUUGCAGCAAAGAGAGUGAGCAAACCAGUGUAUCUAGUGAAGAAGAAAAACAGACUAGGACAUCUAGUGAAGUAAGCAAGCAAACCAGUGCCUUAGCUAUACUUAUCAAUAAUGGAAGUGAGAAUACUAGUAUAUCCCAUGAUGAAAGUGAAGGAAAGGAGCAGAUCAAUGCAUCUAGUGUUAAUGGUAAAGUGUAUAACGAAGAAAAUGAACGGAUUAGUACUUUCAGUGAAAGAAGUGAAGAUGCUAGUGAUUUGAAUGUAUUAAGUGUGGAAAUAGAUGGAAUCGCAAAAGAAUAUAUAGAAAGUGACCAGAAUAUGGCAAACUAUAAUGAACAUGACCAGAGCAAAAAGGGUAUUGAGAAAAGUAAACAGGUCUCUUGUAAUAUUGAAGCAAGGGAACAAAUUCCUUAUGCGCCUGAUGAAACUAUGACUAUAAUUGCCAAUAACGAUCAUACUGACUGUGAAAACAAAGAACCAUUCACUGAAAGCUCCAUUAUUACCAAUCAGUCCAGGAAACACCCCUCAAUAGAUAGCCAAGAGAAUAAACCUAUCGGUGGCAGUUGUCAGAUGGUCACCAGUAUCAACCUUGCAAGAGAACAGAUUUUAACCACAGAUGCAACAUUUGAUAAAAACGAACAUCUGAAUAAUUUCAGUGUAGAUUCCGCCUCGAGAAGUCAUAUGGAGCUAGACCAGACUGUACUGCUUACUCAUUCCCCUCACACUCUACAUUUUGAUAGCCAUGAAAGCCGACAAACGGAGUCCAUCAGCACAGAAACCGAAUGUGGUAGGAGAAAGCCCAUCGUCAUCAGUACUAUGGAAAAUAAUGAAGAUAAUCUCGAAGUUAUCAGCGAAAGUGAAGGUGACAAACACGUUGAUUAUCUGGAUAGGAAAGGUGACAUAGAUAACCCCACAUCAAGAUCCCAUGAAAUCGACUCAGAGAAUACUUUUGAGAACGAAUCCCUUUGUUCCACUGUUGAAAUGAGAUUUACACUUCCUGCUACAACGCAAAACCUGAACAAUGCAAAAGAAUUUGCGAAUGAACCACUACCCCUUACAACCACUAAGGACAGUGAUGAAGAAAAAGAAAGUGCGCCGUCUCAAGGAAUAUUCCCUGAUACACCCGUCGCAGAACUGACCAAGAGCAUGUCGAAAGUGAUGCAGAGCACUCCGGACAUAGAGGAGACCAUGUUCGUGAAUGUCGAAUAUAGUCCAAACCAAGCAGAGGAAAACGGCUUAGACCUGAAAACGUAUGAUGCCUCCCCACCACGAGAGGAAAACGUCCAUCCUGCUGGAGAAAGCCACGGCAUAAAUACACACCUGCCUCAAGACGGACACCAAGCAGAGGAGCUGAUGUCAAGUUUAGGAGAGGAGGAAGUAUUCACUGGCUUGGGCAAGAGUGACACCUUCUCAAGCCUGUCUGAUUCUGCUUCUCCAUCUUCUCUGCCUCCACCGUCGUCACCGCUGCCGUCAGCUGAAGAAGAUCUCGUGGACGCCCUCUUUCACGCAUGCGACGCCUCUGGGUGCGGCCGAGUGCCUGCCGCCCAGAUCGCCGCCCACCUUGCCGUAAUCCUCUCUGACUUGCAGCCCAGAUGGCUGGUCGAGUCGUUGAAGGAUGCCCUGUGUACUGAUGGGGAGGAAAACCAGCUGGACAUCUCUACGUAUCGAGGUUUGUUGACCACGUGGCUGCAGGAUCACGCGAAGGACGUGAAUAUCCUGAACAACCACAUUACAGACGCCGAAGGGGACGCCGACGUCGAUGCAAGUUGUGAUGAAGUCACCGACAUCUUUGCGUCACCGAAACCCGACCUUUCGGAGCAAGAGACGCAAACCCCCGUCAAUGUCGUGACACCCACACGGCCCCCGAAUCCGCGUUGCGACUUAACAUCCAACCAAACAGCCGCCUGUGCACUCAACGCCACGCCCUUGUUCGUCCCUACGCCCGUGAACCGCACUCAGGACUCCUUCGCGUGGUGCGGGACCUUCCGGGACCUUGGUGACGGGGGCGAGAUGGGGAGGACCCCCCCGCGCCGUCAGCUGCUCUACGAAGAUCGCCUCAGGCAGUGCAUCGAGGGACAGUUCUCCUCGGGGAACAGGAGGAGUACGUUGUUGCCGUGGCUGCGACCGCCGGGGAGCAGUGGACCAGUGCCGGGCGACACUUUGGUCAUGUCUCGCCCUCCCUCUCCCAUUUCCCCUGCUCCUUCCUUCAUCUUCAAUCAAAAUGCGAACAAUAAUAACAACGUCGAUAAUGUCAGUUUCCGGGGCACCGGUGAAAAGGCAAACCAUGUACCUCAGCCGGCGGAUCACUCAGGCCUCAAUUACACCUUUGGAAGCCUGGAAGAUGAGGCGGGCACGCACAGACCGGACCCGGGUGAGCUGCAGCAGGAAGUGCUGGAGCUGGAACACACGAACCGCCGCCUCACUGGGGAAAACGCCGAGCUCACCACCCAUCUCACAUACGCAGAGGACCUCAACACGUCACUCAGGGAACAAUGUAGACAGCUUGAACAGGCACUCGGCAGCGUGCAGCACCAGCUGGCGGGAGCGCGGAGGAUGGAAACGGAGAUUGAGGAGUUCCGAAACCUCCUCGACAUGGAACGCGAGGAGAAGGGGCGUCUCCUCGGCCGGCUGGGCCACUUGGAGAAGGACAAUCAGGAACUUGCUGCCAGGCUCGAGGGUCUUGUGGAUCAGGUAAAUGCUGCACAUGAGGAGGCUGAAGGGCGGGCAACCCGAGAAGCUCAACUUGUGGCAGAGCACAAGACGCAGGUGGCAACCUUGAUGGAGAAACUCUUAAACUGGAAGUCUCAAGCUCAGUCCCAGGGUGCCCUUGUGCGGGACCUCGAGGAUACAGUGAAAGAUCUCAAGAGAGUCAUUGAGGUUCUAAAAGAUGAAAAAACUAAUUUGGAGCAACAGCUGACAUGCCUAAGAGAAGAGCUGACUUCUGUAACCACACAGGCAGACCAUGAGAUAAGUGGUGAGGUUGAGGAAGAUGUAAAGGAGACCAGAAGUAAUAGUAAUAUCAUGGGAUCACUGAAAAAGAUGCCAUGGGGACCUCCUUUGUAUUCCACACCCUUCAGUGGAAGAAGUCUUGCCAAAUCGUCUCAAGAAACACCCCAGAGCAUACACUCAGAAAUACAUACUAUGGGUGAGAACAAUGGUUCUCUACCAUUUUGUGAGAAGAGUGAGGAUGCUCUACGUUCAUUUUCUCACAACCAAGGUGAUAAUGGCAAUCUCCAGUGCUCAGCAAAUGAAUGUGCUGCAGACUCUUCCACCGCUCUCCUAUCUAAUGGACGGAGGGAGUGAGGAAGGAGUGGCUGUCGAGGGUCCCUGGCGUGAGUGAGGAGGGCGCUGCGGACCCCCUGCGGAGCGCGGAGCCCCUGGAUGACGGGCCCCUCACAGGGACACACUCCAGGGAGGAGAUUGAGUCCCUCAUCCGGGCGAGAUGUGACCUCGGGUGCCCGCCCUCGAAGGAUGACCUCGCUAAG